GGUUGAGCGCCUCCACGGCCAUUGUCUCCUUCUGUUUCGUCGGACUUAAGGGCUCUUUUCCCUUGGUCUGAAGAGGUCAGGAUGUCCUUAUUGACUUUUCUGGCUCUUAUGGCUCCCCUGCUUCGACUAACUCAGAUGCAGUUUAUUGCCUUGGUGCAUGACGAAUGGUACAAGAUUAGCGGAAAUUACUACCGUGAUCUCAUGACGCAGACUGUCAUGGAGGACCUGAAGACGACGCUGCCUUUCGUCGAGAUGAGGAACUUCCCCUUCAGAGCUCUUUCUGAAGACGGCAUCCUGGGUUUCGAGAACGACACGCGGCACUGGGAGGGAGCGGUGGCACUCGGAGGGUGCCAGGUGCAGAGGGAAGUCAGCUCGGUCGCGUCCCGUCUCUCAGUGCCAGCCUUAUACCUCUCGUCGGAAGCGUGUGAUGACUUUCAGGCUGACACCGUUAUCAUUGAUGACUAUCCGCUGGAUUCGCAAUUCAACUGCCUGUCUUGGCUGCUCAGAAGGUGGCUUGGGGUUGUCUUCGGAGGUCCGAGACUCCUCUUCCAAGACGAUCGGCGUCUCGGGUUUCGGCCCGCCAGCGCCAUGCACGAGUGCUCCCCCCCCCGCAGCCACCGAGCCCUUGCCAGGCACCAGCUUCGCCUCGCUCUCAGGGACCGCGUUCUGACAAUCGUGACCAUCCAUCGCCCUCCCUUCACGUUCGUCCCGCGCCUCGCUGACGGCGGCGUCGACGAAGGAAAGGUCUCAGGCUUCGACUUCGAGAUGCUCCACCAUCUCCAGGAACGUCUUGGCUUCUCGUACAGGCUGGUUUAUUCCUAUGAUGGUAACUGGGGUUCCCGGAUGGCUAAUGGCACCUGGAAUGGGAUGGUUGGAAUGGUCGCUCGAAAGGAGGCAGACAUGGGCGUGGCUCCCUUCACCGUGACCUUGGCGAGAGAGGAGGCCAUUGACUUCACGUUCCCUCACUUCACCGACCCCGCGGCCUUCCUCACUCCGGCCCCGAGUAGAGUUGACAGGAUCACGGCCUUUCUCGAUCCGUUCGGCUUCGAGGUUUGGUUGGCGAUUGCAGUGAGCUUGGUCCUCCUCGGCCCGACCAUGUACUUGUUCACCAGAAUUCAGAAGUGCCAGUUUACUCACCCCCACAGCGACUCGGGUGGGCAAGGCAAAGGCACUUCGGUCUUGGGUUAUUACUGGAUGCUCAUUACCGCUUUACUUCAACAAGGCGUGGUGUACCCCAUGAGCACGGCGACGCGGGUGGUAUUCGGUGGGUGGAUCGUGGGCACGAUGGCUCUCAGCUGCGCCUACACGGGAGUCCUCAUCUCCUUCCUGACGGUACCGCGGGUCGCAAAGGGCGUGGACUCCCUGCAGGAACUGGCGCGACAGUCCGAGCUGCAGUGGACCUUCAGGAGAUCGUCCGCUUUGGAGAACCUCUUCCUGAACCAGGACGCGAAAGGGGUCUACCGGGCCAUCGGAGCGCCCUUCGCGGAGAGCACCGAGGGGCUGGUCACCACGGACUACGAGGGCGUCAAGCAGGUCCUCAGGGGGACGCACGCUUUCAUAAAGGAAAAGUCCUACUUGGAAUUCGCGACAGCGGAGGACGCGGCCGUCAGCGGGCAGUGUCGCCUCGCCCUCGCCACCUCCCACUUCUUCCCCGCCAACUUCGGCUGGGUGCUCCCCGAGGGCGACCCCCUCAAGGUCCUCUUUGAUAAGGAGAUUAUACGAAUGCAGGAGACGGGGCUUUUCGACAAAUGGAAGCAGAAAUUUUGGCCCAAGAUCGACCGAUGCAAAAACCGGAUCCCGAUGUCAUCCACAAAGCUACGUCUGUUCGACUUCCUCGGCGCCUUCAUGCUGCUCGGAACCGGCAGUUGCUUGGCGCUGGGAACCGCGGUCGUCGAGUGCUGUAGAAGGAGAACCGGAAGACGGGAGAGAGGGGGGGAGCGAGGGCGGGAGGGGGGAAGCAAAGGCCCGUUGGUUCUAAGGUCUGUCAACGCUGAGUGAAAGGGGUUGAUGUUUGCUCUCUCUCUCUCUCUCUCUCUCUCUCUCUCUCUCUCUCUCUCUCUCUCUC